AUUGGCCAAACAAUGGCAUUAGCGGCGAGAGGGGGGAUGCGUUGUCCUCGUUGUGGUACUGUCCGAAAAAAAUGAACCCAGAGCCAAAAUGUUACACGUGGUGAGCACUUGCAAAGGAUAAACUAAAUACGCAAGCGACCUCUGCAGCAUGCAUUAGCUUGGGAAUUUAUUUAGAGAAGGAAGCAUCUUAAAAUUGUGAUUGACACCAAGCAGGUGUGUCCAGCUGUAAACAGACAUCAGUCUCGCAGGGUUCAUAGUCAUGAGAGAAGGGGCAUCUGGAGACCUCACUGGUUUGGAGCUGGAGGGAUCGAUUGAGACAGAGGAGACCCCAGUGAACACGCUUGAGAGGUCAGCAGAGGAGGAGGGAACCACCACCAGGAGGAAGAAGAAAAAGAAAAAGAAAGAAAUCAUCUACCGCUCUGACCUGGAGGUUGAGGAUGCUGGGGAGGGAACCUCGGCGGAUGUGGAUGGAGCCUUUAGUCCUCCACUUGACGAAGAAGAAGAGGAUAUCCCUCCUGACAGCCGUUUUGUGACCCUGACUGGCACCAUCACACGGGGAAAGCGGAAAGGCCAAAUGGUAGACAUCUAUAUGACGCUUACAGACAAAGAGCUGAGAGACAUGGCGCGCUCCAAAGAGCGUCUAGACGCAGAGUGUGACGGGGUCGCGGAAGCCAAGCAAAAACCCUGUGCGCUGGGGGUCAGCCAGGGCCCUCAUGUUCUCCUCUGGAGCCUUUCCUGCUCCCCGUUCAUCUUCCUUCUCUCCUUCAUAACAUCGUUUUACUACGGGACGCUCACCUGGUACAAUGUCUUCUUGGUUUACAAUGAGGAACGCAGCUUUCUGCACAAGAUCACGGUGUGUCCCUUGCUCAUUCUGUUAUAUCCGGUGCUGAUCAUGACGUUGUGUGUCUGUAUGGGGUUGUACGCUGCCGUGACCCAGCUGUCCUGGGUUUUUGGAGAAUGGUGGUUGGCAGUGAGGGACCUGGAGAAGGGCUUCUGUGGGUGGAUCUGUGGUAAGUUGGGGCUGGAGGACUGUGCCCCAUAUAAUGUAGUUGAGCUGCUGGACUCUGACACUCUGUCCGGGACCCUCCAGGGGAAGAGGAUGGAAGAUGUUGAGCACACUUCUACUUUGUGAACUUGAAAAGAUGGAAUAACUUUUUGAUUUAAGGAAUUUUCUUGGUUAAUGCAAGUUAAGUUCUGUCAAUGGCAUCUGUGGCAUGCUGAAGAAGAUCAUUUUGACUUGGACAGGAUAUGUCUCCAGACUUUUCAGUCAACUUGAAGUUUUAAGAUUUUUCUUUUCAACAUAAAAAUGAGGCUAAAUAACUUUUUCCAAGCCUGAGCAUUCAUAUUAAAGAGAUAGUUCACCCAAAAAUGAAAAUUCUGUCAUUAAUUACUCUCCCUCAUGUCGUUCCAAACAUUUUGAAGAAUGUUGGUAACUAAACCAUUUUGGUUCCUAUUAACUUUGAUAUGAAAAAAAAAAAAAAAUUAUGUUGUACUAAAGAAAGUAAGUUUUGGCACUGCAUGAGGGUGAAUAAGUGAUGACAAAAGUUUCAUUUUUGGGUGAGCUUUUCCUUUUAUUUUGCACACUUAUAUUGAUUUGUACACAUUGCUAGCGAAUCAUUCAUGAAUUAGUCAGAAACACUAUUUAUUUGGCUAUUUAUUGAAAAAGUUUACAAAAACUGAAAUAUAGCACCAAGUUACUUUAUCUUUCCAUAUCACAUUUAAAAUAGGAAAUAAUGGAUUUUAAUCUAUGCUAUACAAUUGAAUGACAAAAACGCUAAUGUUGUUGAUGCAGUUACUCAAAUGCUAAUUUUUAAAUAAUUAGUUUUAGAACGUUAUCAAUAAGUAAUUCACUAAAGAGGUUUUCCAAAAAGUUUACUAAAAAUAAAAACUGUAAAUGUGAUUACACCUGCAGCCUUAAUCUGAAUCACUAUGGUCAGCCUGCAGUAAUGGUUUAGAUUCAGAGCACUCAAGUUCAAUUUGGUCUGAAGUUUCAUGCUUCCAGAUUUUAUUCAAAGACAACAAGGUAUGGCAGAUUACAGUAUGCUCCUUACUUGCUUAAGACUAUAUUUUUACCAUAUAUAUAUCUUGUAGUACUUAUCAGUAAUCUUAAAUCAGUCAGCUCUGAUAUGCUUCAAAGCAUCAGAUUCCUCUAUGCAGAAGAGCAGCAUAAAAUUAUUAAAUGUUUUUAUGUACAGCGGUGACCAUAAAGAAUCUGAGACUGAAACUCGUUAAAUAAACAUUCUUAAGAAAUGAGAAGGAAAUGCCUUUCAUCUUUAGAGAGUUUAUCAUGUACUCUCUGUGUAAUCAGAAGUAUGCUACACAUUUAACUUUGGCCUGCUUUACACACAUCACACACAUUCUUUGAUGAUACUUGAUAAGCAGAUAAUGUUUCCUCUCUUAGUCUGACCGAUACUUUCCCUUGAAUCAGCCUCUAAGAAACAGCAACAUUUUACACUCCAAGCAGGCAAAUGAGCUUUUACACUUUGUAUACUUUUCUUUUUUUAUAUUCUGUUCAUAUCCAAGUAUGGAUAUGUCCCAAAUCACUGAAUUGUUGUGUUAGUGUUUGAAACAGUGUGGUGCUUUGUAUUUCCACAGGUGUAACAUCAAUGGUGCUAUAAUAGUGUUCAACAAGGAUGUCAGCCAUUAAAAACCACAGACUGUUUUACACACAUUAAGGAUAAUGACUCAGUUGUCCCAGAAGAUCAUCUUACAUUUCAAAAACCUUUUAUGAGGAAAUUCACAGAUUAUUGGACGAUACAUCUAUUUCAGAUGGGGUGGUGUCUGGUUCUCAUAUUGCACCUCAAAAACUCAAAUCCAAUAGUUCAGCUCUGAAGUAUGAAAUAUAGCACUCAUCUCCUCUUCAUAUGCCAUCAUCAUUUACAACUUUAUCUGUUGUUUAUCUAGGCAUACUGUUGUAUUGUAACUUUACUAAAUACAGGCUUCCCAUGGUAACUGUCUGAAAUGUUAAAAUUGUGUUUUCCCAAAGACUGAGUUAUAAAAAAAAAUUUAAAAAAACUUCUGUAGGGAAUAGUCUAUACACCUUUCUAGCUAUGAAGAUUUCCUUUAUUAAAAAAAAAUGCUCCCAAUUUGUGAGAAUCAUUGUUUUGAAUCACAAAGGAAUGAUUCAUUAUUCAUUAAAAAAAUUUGGUCUGAAUCAAAGUUUAUAUGAACUUGUAAAAGUGCAAAAAGUGUGGGAACCCUGUAAAUGACCAAAUAUCUAUGCAUCUGAUCUGAAACAUUUGGAAUAUGUUCACAAAUAUGUAAAGAAAAAGGGUUGUGUUAUUAUAUCUGAAAUAUUGCAUUUAUGCAGUAAUUAAAAGCUCAAAUUGUAUUGUAUCUGCAAAUGAGCAGCUUUUAUGUAAACUGCCUUUUAAAAUUAGUAAUUGUAAUCAUAGUUUCAGUCUGUUGCACAAGAAAUUAUUGCUUUUUGUUUAUCUUUUGGGACUUCUCCAGCACUCAUCCCUCUGCUCAUAUUACAAGACCUUGACCUGUUUUUUGUUCCUGCAGUUAGGCCAGCCUUACAACUGUUACACGAACAACACUUGAAUGACAUGAAAUAUUGUCUCCUGUUUAUCUGUAAACAUGGUUUCAAAGCACAAACUGUUUUUACAGCAUGAACUGUCAUAAUGUUUUGUUUUCAGUAUGCACUUGGUGUUUUUUUUCAACCAUUUAUAAUAAAGAUUAUUUC